CCUCCUCCUCCUCUUCCAGGGGAGAGCCGACUCCGAGGCUGGCUGGCCUGGCUCCGAAACUCCGAAAGGACGCCAGUGGAGGGCAACAGCAGUGAGGGGGCGAGCGAGGCGCCAAAGCUAGGCCCCAGGAGGAGAAGGAGGAGGCCUUGCUCUGACGACGGCGACGACGGCAAGAGCGGGGCGGCGUUUGCGGAGGAGAAGGGAGGCUUGGCUGCCUGGCUGCUGAUUAGAAGGGAGCCGGGAGGAGCAGGGCUGGCUUCAGGGGCAGCAGCUGCCGCCUCCGCACCUGUCUCCGGAGGGAGAAGAAGGAGAAGGAGGAGUACUGUAGUGGGUGUUGCCGGCGCCAGGCACCUGGCUCCCGCCCUCCUCCUCUUCUCCCGGGAAGAGGAAGGGAGCCCAGGGCCAAGAAGGAAUAGAGAGCCUUCUCACUCAGCCCUCCCUAAAAGACGCGCUUCUCAGGGGCUUCUUCUCCUUCAGUCUCAUAGAUAUAGACACACACAUUGAUAGAUCGAUCGAUCGAUCGAUUACAUAGAGGGACUAGAUCUGUAGCCUCUUCGGCCCGAGGCUGGAGGGGGGCCGCCAGGAGGAUGAACCCCAACGUCACCUACGCCAGCCGAAAGAGGAGGAAACCCGUCCAGAAAAUAGUGAAACCUUCGCCUCCUGAAGGAGCCAAAUCUAAUCCAUCGAAGAGGCAUAGAGACCGACUGAAUGCUGAGUUGGAUCGCCUGGCUUGUCUUCUGCCAUUCCCUCAGGAUGUUAUAGCCAAGCUGGAUAAACUAUCUGUGCUUAGGCUCAGUGUUAGUUACCUGAGAGCCAAAAGUUUCUUUGAUGUUGCACUAAAAUCGUCCAGUUCUGCAAAGCCUGACAGAAAUGGCAUCCAGGACAGCAGUAGGGUUACAAAGCCCAAGGAGAGCAUUCAUCUGCUAGAAGGAGAACUUUUACUACAGGCAUUAAAUGGGUUUGUGUUGGUGGUCACAUCAGAUGCACUUAUAUUUUAUGUGUCCUCUACAAUCCAGGAUUAUUUGGGUUUCCAGCAGUCUGACAUUAUACACCAGAGUGUGUUUGAAUUAAUACAUACAGAAGACAGACCAGAAUUUCAGCGGCAGCUUCACUGGGCUCUAAAUCCAGUACAGUCUACAGAUUCUGGACAGAUAAUACCAGGAGAUAAUGGCUUUUCACAGACAGCAACAUAUUAUAAUCCUGAUCAACUACCUCCAGAGAAUUCUUCAUUUAUGGAACGAAAUUUCAUCUGUAGAUUACGUUGUCUACUGGAUAAUUCAUCUGGGUUCUUAGCCAUGAAUUUUCAAGGGAGAUUAAAGUUUCUCCAUGGACAGAAUAAAAAGGGGAAGGAUGGAGCUGCUCUGUCUCCGCAGCUGGCUUUGUUUGCAGUGGCUACUCCACUGCAACCUCCAUCCAUUCUUGAAAUACGUACCAAAAACUUCAUCUUCAGAACUAAGCACAAGCUGGACUUCACACCUAUAGGAUGUGACGCAAAAGGACGAAUUGUGUUGGGUUACACAGAAGCAGAACUGUGCAUGAGAGGAACAGGAUACCAGUUUAUUCAUGCAGCCGACAUGCUCUAUUGUGCUGAGAAACAUGUCCGAAUGAUAAAGACUGGAGAAAGUGGUAUGACUGUUUUUAGACUACUUACCAAGGAAAACCGUUGGGCCUGGGUUCAAGCAAAUGCACGCCUGGUUUACAAAAAUGGGAGACCAGAUUAUAUCAUUGCAACUCAGAGACCUCUUACAGAUGAAGAAGGGGCUGAGCACUUACGGAAGCGAAACAUGGAGCUGCCCUUCAUGUUCGCUACAGGUGAGGCCGUGUUAUAUGAAGUGACGUUUCCCCAGCUUGGCUUAAUGGAUUCUUCUCAGGCAAAGGUUAAAAGUGGCAUUGGAAAAGGAGCUGCUUCCAAGACUGCACUGCGCAAAGAAUCUGUUGAUCCCAGUUCACUUCUGGGGGCAAUGUUGCAGCAGGAUGAAUCUGUGUAUCUCUGCCCACCUGCUUCAAAUAAAAUCUCCUUUGAAAGGAAUCUUUUUGUGGACACCAGGGAUGAACUGGAUAAUGUAAUGGCCAGUGAUUGGCAGGAAAAUAUUUUGCCAGUGAGGAAUAACAGCAUCCUCAAACAAGAACAGACUGAGUGCCCCCAGGAAAAUAAUUUAAUGCUUCCUGAAGACAGUAUGGGUAUUUUUCAGGAUAACAAAAAUAAUGAACUGUACAACAUCAUGAAAACUCUAGGUGUUGACUUUGAAGAUAUAAAAAGUUUUCAGCAAGAUGAAGACUUUUUUAAGAAUGAACUGUCUGGUGUGGAUGACAUUAGAGACAUUGAUAUAACUGAUGAAAUCUUGACCUAUGUUCAAGAGUCCUUAAAUAAGACUGACCUAUUGUACUCAGGUUGCCAGCAGCAGCAGCCCAUGGUUCAGAACUUGGCCUGUUUAAUGCAGCAGCAAGCAGAGCAUCAGCAACUGGACCAUCAGCAGAAACAAUCUGUGGUGGAACAACAUCAGCAUCAGCAACAACUAUGUCAGAAAAUGAAAUGCAUGCAGGUCAAUGGGAUGUUCACAAACUGGAAUUCUGUCAGCAGCAUGUCCCUGAAUCCUUCACAGCAACAGACACAGCCAUAUGUGUUUUCCAGCAUGCAAGAAAUAACUCAGGAGUUCCCUUACAAAUCUGAAGUCAAUGCAGCAACCUAUGCAUGUAGGCAGGAGUUUAUUCCCUACAAGCAGCCCACCAGCAUGGUUUCACAGCUUUCAGAUUUUACGCAGAUAGACUUCCCAGUAGGAAGUUUUGACCGAUCAACUUAUUCCAGCUCUUCUGGCUUAGAGGAUUUUCUCAAUUGCUUGCAACAAGUCCCUGAAAGUCAGGCCUGUGGAAUAAACUCUCAACAAGUUAUAGUAACCCCUCAGACGUGCUAUGCUGGUGCUGUGUCAAUGUACCAGUGUGUAUCUGAAACUCAGCCAAACUGUACAGAACAAAUGCAGUACAAUCCUGUGGUAUCAGGACAGCAAGCAUUGUUAAGCAAGUUUCAGAAUAGUAUAAAUGGAGGAAACCUCAACGAUGCAUAUCCACCACAGUUAGAUGUCAACACCCAACCAGAACCACAUCUUCAGCCUCUUCAUCAUCCAACAGAAUCCAGAUCUUUCUCAGAUUUGGCAUCCAGUGGUUUUAUGUAGUUAUACACCAAAAUCCUGUGGAGCAUUUAAACCAAGACUGGAUUACUGAAUGGAGAUUGAAAAUUGUGAUUGCACUUAAUAUGCAUGCAUUUAGGAUUUGUCAUCCAAAACCUGAUACUGUAGGUGGAAGUUGGAGCUGUUAUGGCCUGAAAGUGUGCACAUGUAAUUUUCAGACAGUGAAAAUAUGCACUAUUGCAAUAUUAUUAACUGCAUCACAUUGUAGAACAUAAGAUAAGGCAAAUGGUUUUAUGGUUUAGAAAAUAAAAUGGGCACUUUGACAAUCUUAUUUGGAAUGACAUAGGAAAAUUUCUUUUAGAAAUUUAGGCUUUCUUUAAACUGAUGCUCUAAACAGAGGAGUAAAUGAAGCACUUAGUUUUGUUGCAGAUUUGCAUCUUUCUAUCACUUAUCUUAUUUAGUAGUUUAAAAUUUGUCCUCUUAUUUUACAUUUCAGGUUCCAGCACUUUAGUAGAAGGUUUGAUAACAAGGACUUGAUAUGCAAUUCUAGGUUUUGUACAACCAAAUCCAUUGCAUUCCUCCUUUACAGUUAGCCUUAAGUGCCUCACAACGUAGCUACCUUAUUUCUGAAAGGAGCUUGUAGGAAAACAAAAGCAUUCACUGUAAAAAAAAUUUGGUCAUCCAUAUUUCUGACAAUUCAGUAGUUGCUUUGAUUUUGUUAUUAAAGCUAGAGACCUAUAAGCAGUAUGUUCCUUCUGUAUUAAAUGUAACAUUUCUUUCCCUCUAGAAUUUCAGAUGCUUCUGUAUGUACAGUUUUUCCUUUUGUUAAAGACUGAGACUUGGUUUUGUAUUUUGUUGCUUUUUUAAUUCUUCAGGUAGAACAGGGUAAAAACAGUUAUCUAGGAGAAACCUGUCUCCUUUGGAUUAGUUCUGAAUCUUAAAUACCGAAGAAGGAAAAGAAGAAAAAACAUGUGCCUUAUCUUGUGUUACAACACUUGUUGAAUGGUCCUUUUGAAAAGUACUAGGCUGCUCUAUGCAAAUACUUCCAUUUGAAAAUGUUAUUGAAAGAGGUUGACUAUAAAAGCUCAUGAAAAGCAAUGUCUCAAAUAGUACAAAAGUUUACUUUUGUGUAAAUUUCUACACUGAGGGUCAGUUUGGAUUGGCUUGCUGUUUUUCAACUGUUCCGCUGGGGAGAGGGGUCUGUUGUUAUUAAAUAUCCCUGACAAUUGCACUCUAAAGGAAAAAGCUAUCUUUCUAUGUGUGUGAAUUCACUUUAAAUGUCUUUGUUCAAGAGAUAAUACUGAAAAUUUAUUUUAGUUCAAAUUUAGAGAAGAACUGUCCUUGUAAUAAAAAGGAUAAUUUAAACUUUGUUUUUAAAAAUGGAAAAACAUUGUAUUGGAUUUUUAUCUGAAGAUUUUUAGAACAGUAGACACCAGUGUUUGGUGUGUCAGAGUAGUGUAAAUGUGGGAGGGAGGGGAAAUGUACAGGUUGAAAUGACUGAAUACCUUUAUAUGCUGUAUAUUAAUGUGUAAUAAGCACCAUUUAAUGUCUUUUGUAAAAUAUUUUAAACAAGUGUCAUACCGUACUAUUAAACUGUGUAUUACAUACAUAUGUAUACUGUAAAUGACAGAGUAUAGGUUCUUUUUAAAAAGGAAAAAAAGAAAUAAACCAACUCCCUCCAGGAAGGUGUUCAGAUUUUUGAUCAAAGAGAAGUUUCAGAUGAUUUUAAAGUGUAACCUACAAGGAAUAUUUGUAAUAGCACGGUUGUAUAUGUCAUGGGAGGUGGCUAUUAGUUUAUCAGGCACUUGGAAACCUAACUUUUUAAAAAAAAAUACCUUCAGCAUGUUAUAAUCUUGCUUCCCCAAAAUGUGUAAUGUUGUCCUUAUGAAAAAGAUGGUCAGGUAGUUUGUAGAAUUUCAAUUUAAGGACCUAGCUCUGCUUUUGAAAUCAUUAAAAAGGAAAUACCCUUUGAUUACAUUGUAUGUUCAGUAAUAGUUGUAAAAAAAUGUAACGUUUGGCCAUUAUGUCCUUUAAGGUUUUCGGGACUUGGCUUUGGCCAUCACUGAAUCUUCUUGUAUAGUAGACAUCUGAUCCUUUCCUAAACUUUUCUGUGGUCUUGUUUCCAGUUUCUCUAGGGUUUUUUUCUUUUUGAAAACAGUAUCUGAUUAUUAUUAUUAUUUUUACCAGCGUAAUGUUGACAAUCAGUAGUUGUACUGUAAAACUUAAAAGGUUCAAAGGGAUAAUGUAACUUUUUUUAGAAAAAGAAAAAAAAAGUUUAAAAAAACACAACAAAUAAAGACCUGUUUAUCAUAUCACUUCUGCUAAACCAAAUAUUAUCCCAUCACUAAGUGCCAAGGAUGCAGUACAGACAGGUGUACUGCGUUAUUGUAAGCUAGUUUCAUUCUGUUAUGCAUAAUAUCAGCUUCUUUUUUACAUUAGCUGUGCCUAUAUACAACAAACCUGUGUAUUGGUGGUGCACUGUUGAUCUACACCAAACUGUUAUCCUCAAAAGUGAUGAAUUUCUGAGGUUUUUAUCCCUCCACUCCCCUGCCCCCAGUUCCAAGCAAAUUACUUCCUAGUUUUAAUCAGUAUUACUUCCCAUUUUUGUAGAUUAUGCUACAGCCUUUUCUCUUUCCUACUGUCCCCAUCCCCCUUUUGUCAUCUGUAUUUUAUGUCAUGCAAUUAAUUUCUUGUGUGUUAGGGUAUGAUUUUUAUAGUGCUUUUAAUGAGCUUCAGUAAAACUUGUAAAGCAUAAUAUAUGGUAAUAAAAUAUCACCUGAACAGAAGUGAUAACGCAA